AUGGUUGCUAGGAACCUCUUCCUCGCUGCCGCCGCCCUCGGCUCGGCCGCCUUGGCCGUGCCCCUCGAGGCUCGUCAGGCCUGCCAGACUGUCUGGGGCCAAUGUGGUGGUAUCGGCUGGUCUGGCGCUACCUGCUGCGCCUCCGGCAACACCUGCGUCAAGCAAAACGACUGGUAUUUCCAAUGUCUCCCCGACUCUCAGGCUCCCCAGCCCACCACCACCAGCCGAACCACGAGCUCCCAGGGCCCUAUCCAGACUUCGUCUACCCGGGUCACCUCGGCUCCCGGAACCACCACCACGCAGCCCCCGGUAGGCUCCGGCACCGCCACCUGGGAGGGCAACCCGCUCUCGGGCGUCCAGAUGUGGGCCAACGCCUACUACUCCUCCGAGGUCCACAACCUCGCCAUCCCGUCUCUCACGGGUACGCUCGUUGCCAAGGCCUCGGCCAUCGCCAAGGUUCCGUCCUUCAUGUGGAUGGAUACCCAGGCCAAGGUUCCCCAGAUGGAAUCCGCUCUCGCCGACAUCCGCGCCGCCAACAAUGCUGGUGCCAACCCUCCAAACGCCGGUAUCUUCGUCGUCUAUGACCUUCCUGACCGGGACUGCGCCGCGGCUGCCUCCAAUGGAGAGUUCUCCAUCGCCGACGGCGGUGUUGCCAAGUACAAGGCUUACAUCGACUCCAUCCGCGCCAAUGUUAUCAAGUAUUCGGAUAUCCGCAUCAUUUUGGUUAUUGAACCCGACUCGCUUGCCAACAUGGUCACGAACAUGAACGUCCAGAAGUGCGCCAACGCCGCCAGCACUUACAAGGAGCUUACCAUCUACGCCCUCAAGCAGCUUUCUCUUCCCAACACUGCUCUGUACCUUGACGCUGGUCACGCUGGUUGGCUCGGCUGGCCUGCCAACAUCGGACCCGCCGCCGAGCUGUUUGGCCAGAUCUACCGCGACGCCGGAAAGCCCAAGUCUGUUCGAGGUCUCGUAACCAAUGUCUCGAACUAUAACGCUUGGAGCCUUUCCUCUGCUCCCUCUUACACUAGCCCCAACCCCAACUACGACGAGAAGCACUUCAUCGAGGCCUUCAGCCCUCUCUUGGAAGCUGCCGGAUUCCCCGCUCGUUUCCUCAUGGACACGAGCCGCAACGGCAAGCAGCCAACUUCCCAGAACGAGGGAUCUGGCGCCGGAGUUCGUCCGACGACGAAUACCGGCCACAACUUGCUCGAUGCCUUCGUCUGGGUGAAGCCUCCUGGUGAAUCGGACGGAACCUCGGACACCAGCGCCGUUCGAUACGACUACCACUGCGGCGCCGCGUCCGCCCACAAGCCAGCACCCGAGGCUGGUCAAUGGUUCCAGGCGUUCUUUGUUAACAUUCUCCAGAAUGCUAACCCUGCUUUCUAA